AUGGCAGUAAGUGAGCACCUCAUUGGCCCUGGACCCGGUGGUGGAGAGACUGGAGAAGCAGCAGAAGAUGGCAGUGGAUGCGCAUGUGCAUCUUUGCUUGCGGCGAGCUUGGAGCUUGGAGCUUGGAGUCUCUCCACCACCCGAAAGGCCAUUUUGCCUCCUCCCUCUUUCACUGCACUGCACACGCUUUGCUGCCCACGCACCGCCGUCCUGACACAUACAAAGGAAAACAUGCAGGUUGACAGUCCUGCCACUGCCGUCGAGCAGCUCAAGGAAGCGUCCAACAACAAUGGCGAAAUCGACGAGUCGCUCUACAGCCGACAGCUGUACGUGCUCGGCCACGAGGCCAUGAAGCGCAUGGGCUCCUCCAAUGUCCUCGUCGCCGGUCUGCGCGGCCUCGGUGUCGAAAUCGCAAAAAACAUUGCCCUCGCCGGUGUCAAGUCGCUGACCCUUUACGACCCCAAGCCUGCCCGCCUCGCCGACCUCUCCUCACAGUUCUUCCUGCGCCCAGAGGAUGUCGGAAAGCCGCGCGCACAGGUCACCGUGCCCCGCGUCUCAGAACUCAACCCAUACACACCUGUCCAGGAAUUCAGCGGGCGCGACCUGACGUCAGACUUGUCGCAACUCAAGCACUUCCAGGUCGUCGUCCUCACCGACACAUCGCUGGACGACCAAAUCAAGAUUGCCGACUACUGCCACGACAACGGCAUCUACAUUGUCAUCACCGACACCUUUGGCUUGUUUGGCACCAUCUUCACCGACUUUGGCAAAAACUUCACCAUUGGCGACCCUACCGGCGAGAACGUGAACAGCGGCAUCAUUGCUGGAAUCGAUGAGUCGGGUCUGGUAUCCGCUUUGGACGAGACACGACACGGUCUGGAGGAUGGCGACUGGGUCACCUUCUCCGAGAUUGAGGGCAUGGAGGGCCUAAACGACUGCGCGCCUCGCAAGGUCGAAGUCAAGGGACCAUAUACCUUUUCCAUUGGCGACGUCUCUGGUCUGGGAACAUACAAAAAGGGGGGCCAGUACAUCCAGGUCAAGAUGCCCAAGAUCAUCGAUUUCGAGCCCUUCAGCAAACAGCUCAAGAAGCCCGAACUUCUCAUCUCUGACUUUGCCAAAUUCGACCGACCGCAACAAUUGCACGUCGGUGUCCAGGCACUCCACCACUUUGCAAAUCUACACAAGGGCGAGCUGCCACGGCCUCACCACGAGGCAGACGCAAAGGAGGUCUUCCAGAUUGCCCAGGAGAUUGCUGGGCAGGGAGAGGAAAAGGUCGAGUUGGACGAGAAGCUAAUCACAGAGCUCAGCUACCAGGCGCGCGGUGAUUUGAGUCCGAUUGCUGCCUUCUUUGGUGGAAUGGCUGCACAGGAAGUCCUCAAGGCUGUAUCUGGAAAGUUCCAUCCCAUUGUUCAGUUCCUCUACUUCGACUCACUAGAAUCACUCCCGACCUCGACAAAGCGCUCAGAGCAAGAGUGUAGCCCCAUCAACUCCCGCUACGAUGGCCAGAUCGCCGUACUGGGCCGCGAAUACCAGGAGAAGUUGGGCAACGUCAAGCAGUUCUUGGUAGGUGCAGGUGCCAUUGGUUGCGAGAUGUUGAAGAAUUGGGCAUUGAUGGGUCUCGGUGCUGGACCAAAUGGAAAAAUCACAGUCACCGACAACGAUCAGAUCGAAAAGAGCAACCUGAACCGCCAAUUUCUAUUCCGACCCACAGAUGUUGGCAAGCUAAAGAGUGAUGCGGCAGCCAAGGCGGUAGUAGCGAUGAAUCCAGAUCUUGAAGGCAAGAUCAUCACCUUGCAAGACAAGGUGGGACCCGAGACAGAGCACAUCUUCAACGAGACGUUCUGGAACGAGCUGGAUGGAGUCACAAACGCACUGGAUAACGUGGAAGCACGCACAUAUGUUGAUCGCCGAUGCGUCUUCUUCCGCAAGCCUUUGCUUGACAGCGGUACUCUCGGAACCAAGGGCAACACCCAAGUCGUACUGCCAUUCAUCACAGAGUCGUACUCUUCAUCACAGGAUCCUCCCGAGAAGUCAUUCCCAAUGUGUACACUAAGGAGUUUUCCCAACCGCAUCGAGCACACCAUUGCAUGGGCGCGCGAAUCAUUCGAUUCGCUCUUCGUCAAGGGACCCGAAAUCGUUAACCUCUACCUCACGCAGCCGGACUACCUAGGUGCAUCACUGAAGCAGUCUGGAAACGAGAAGCAGACUUUGGAAACGCUACGUGACUUCCUCGUAACCGAGAAGCCGUUGUCGUUUGAUGACUGCAUCAUCUGGGCUCGCCACCAAUUCGAAAAGAACUAUAACCAUUCGAUCGCACAGCUGCUAUACAAUUUCCCCAAGGACUCCACAACCGGAUCGGGUCAGCCAUUCUGGUCAGGACCAAAGCGCGCACCAGACCCAUUGAAGUUUGAUCCUAGUAACCAGACUCAUUUCACCUAUGUCGAAGCUGCGGCUACCUUGCAUGCCUUCAACUACGGUAUCAAGCCCAAUGCUAGCCGCGCACACUAUGUCGAGGUACUCAACGACAUGAUUGUGCCCGACUUCCAGCCCGAUCCCACGGUCAAGAUUCAGGCAGACGAGAAGGAGCCUGAUCCAAACGCACAACCUUCUGGUGGCAACAAUGGCGAUGAGCUCAAGGACAUCAUGAAACAGCUACCAGAACCAAAGUCACUGGCGGGCGUGAAGCUCGAGCCUGUCGAAUUUGAAAAAGACGACGACACCAACCACCACAUUGACUUUAUUACGGCAGCUAGCAACCUCCGUGCGGAAAACUACAAGAUUGAGCAAGCGGACCGACAUAAGACCAAGUUCAUUGCCGGCAAGAUCAUCCCUGCCAUUGCCACUACCACUGCGCUGGUCACUGGUCUCGUCAACCUAGAGUUGUACAAGAUCAUCGAUGGCAAGACGGACAUUGAGCAGUACAAGAACGGCUUCGUCAACCUGGCGCUACCGUUCUUUGGGUUUAGCGAGCCGAUUGCGAGUCCAAAGGGCACGUACCAGGGUCCUCAGGGCCAGGUCACCAUUGACAAGCUAUGGGAUCGCUUCGAGGUUGAUGAUAUCACGCUGAAGGAGUUCGUGGACCAUUUUGAAGAGAAGGGCUUAUCUAUCCAGAUGAUCAGUUCGGGAGUAAGCUUGUUGUAUGCGUCGUUUUACCCACCGGCGAAGUUGAAGGACAGGAUGGGAUUGACAAUGAGCAAGCUUGUCGAGCAUGUCAGUAAAAAGGCUGUGCCGGCUCACCAGAAGAAUGUCAUCUUCGAGAUUACGGCGGAAGAUAGGGCGGAGGAGGAUGUGGAGAUUCCGUACGUCAUGGUCAAAAUCAAGUAA